AUGGAUGGCAACAACAAUAACUACAAGAACAAUACUGCUGUUGGUGUUGGCAUCAAUAACAACAACAUCAUUCCAACAAGUAUUGGAAGUCCACAGUUCAAUCAACCAAUGUCCUACCAACAACCUGGAUUCAACAAUGUCAACAUGCCCAAUAUGCCCAGGGCAAUGGGUCCAAGACCAGGUCUCUACGUCGACGUUGAUACUCAAAAUCGUAUACUUUCGAUCAUAUCAAAAUUGCCACUCGACUUUGUCGCCGACUUGGUGAUGGACAACAUGAACAUCACGCCAAUAUUUCAACUGCUCCAGAACAUCCCUUUCAAUCCAAGCACCGAGAAGCUAUUUAUGUUUGUAAAUUCAUACAAUGUGCUACAGCAUCUACAACCACAGCCACAGUUACCGCCACAACAGCCACAACCACAGACACCAACACCUCAACAUCAACAAUCCUCUGUAUACACACCACCUCCUCAGGUGACCCCUAGAGGUGCCACUUCGACACGUGACCCAAGGAUCAAGGGCGAGUCACCGCCUCUGCAGCCACAGCAAGGAGGAUCGCCUCCAACGCCUGCAUUGACGGAUGCUGCAAUGAGAGAAUCAUCACCUCCAAUGCACUCUGCCAAUGCUGGUGACCCACUUCUGUCACCAACAUCGAUGCAGCCAAUCAAUGUAAAGCAGGAGCAGUUUGAAGACACUGAGCAGAAUGAGCUGGACCUGCUUCUAGAUAAGCAGGCUGCCGACGAGGAAUCAUCCGUUGCCUCCAAUGGAGUACCCUCCUACUCCUCCAGCAACAAGACCGACCCAAACAACAACAACAACAACAGCAAUGGCAACAGGGUCGGUAUUGCCUCUGAGUCUGCGCCAUCAUUCACACCAAAGCCCGUCUUUAAGAUGGCGGCCAUGUCCAAGGACCAAGUUCAGUCGAUCAUCAAUCUUUCGUUGGCUCGCAUACGCAAGAGCGAGACAGAGUCGAUGCGCGAUGGCAAGCACGUGCUGUGGUCGGCCCUGUUUGCUCGUCUGCUCUCUAUUCACGAGCACAGGGAGCCAACGCAAUACCAGAACCAGAUCAUUGAGUUCAUUCUCGAGGACUUCCAGCUGCGACGUGAGCUGGCGCUACAGUGGCUGCAGAAUGAGUUGCAGCUGUCCAUGCAGAUCAAUCAAGGCGACGAGGGAAACAAUAGAUACGCGACACUUCUCAUCAACAUUGUUAAGAAGCUGCAGGCCAAGUUUGCAUUCGACGAUGAGCAGGACAACCAGGCAUUCAUCAGCAACUUCAUCUUGGAGGUACCCGUCAUCACUUCGGGACUCAUGGACCACAUUGGACUGUGUUGCGACGAUGUCAACCUCAUUACACUGGGGCUCAACACGCUUCAGAGUCUCAUCCUCUGGCGACCUUUGGUGCGCGAUCAAUGUCUUCAAUGUCUGCUCGUACACAGCAACAAUGCCAACGAGCAGAUUAGGAACAAUAGCAUCCAGGUCAUCUCGGACACACUGUUUAGUCACGCGCCACUCGUUUCCAAAAUCGAACGCUUUGCAAUUGAUCAACUGUUUGCAACGCUGCAAUUGAACAAGGGCCCAGAUAUGGUGGGCAACAAUAUUCUCGAGAACAAUCUGCAACUCUACUACUCGAUCUGCGUCAAGAAACCCGAGCUGAUAAGCGAGCUACUGGAUGUCUUCCCCAACUGCACGCCGUCGCUGCAGCAGCUCAUCCUGGACAGGUUUGGUUCCGUUGUUAAAUCGAUUGGACCAAGCAACCCGGCCAUACUAUCCAUCAUCCGCGUGUGCCCUGCCGGCUCCGAGCGCCUGCUGUACGAGGUUAUUGACAGCCUGUCGACGAACGACCGAGCGGAACUGUCGCCCGCGCUGGUGCAAGCGGUGCGCGCAUUGUACAACAGCACGUCCAACAUCAAGUACCUACUGCCCGUCGUCCACGGCCUGGAGAAGGACGAGGUGAUCCGCCUGCUGCCGACGUUUGUCGUACAGCCCAAGGAGGACGUGGCCAAGUUUGUCGAAAUGAUGUCGCUGCCGCUGGCACCUCUGUCGCCCUCGGAGCUGCUGGUGCAACUGCAUCUAAUCACGACCAACACCAAGCAGGUCAUCGAUACGAUCAAUCUGUGUGUGGAGAACACAAGUGUGUUCAAGCAGGAGACGAUGGCCGUCACGAUCCAGCAGUUGCUGGGCCAACACACGCUGCCUGCCAACAUCAUGCGUACGAUGAUCCAGUCGCUCACGACCUAUCCGCACUUGAAGCAGUUCAUUGUGGAUAUGAUGCGCGAUCUCGUGUCCAAACAGAUUUGGAACAUGCCGCAGCUGUGGAGAGGUUUCCUGCUGUGUGCCACCAAGGCCAAGCCCGAGUCGUUGUCUGUAAUCAUGGACUUGCCGUCGUCGCAGUUUGAUUUGGCAAUAAACGAUUCGGGUGAGCUCAAGACAUCACUGAUCAAGCAUCUCAAGUCUGUGAAGAACCUAUCGAUCUACUCAAAGAACAAUCUCAAAGCACUUGGAAUCACACCUGGAUCAACUGGCGGUGCCUCAAGCAAAAGCAACAAAUAA